GUUGUGCAAUAAUCUCAACAAAAUGUCGGCUACAAUCAAGUUUCUAUCCGUUUUCUAUCUGUGUGUGAUGCUGGGCGCAGUAUUUGCGAAACACGUCGCGCCUGAUUCUAAGCCCGUGUCUCAUCAUGUUGCUGACAGUGGUGCCAAAACAAUCGUUAUAUAUUUGAAUGAUUUUGCAACACAGGGUGCUAAUAACAACAAUCAUAAUCGAUUUAAAAGAACACCACGGGAAAAUGAAUUGGAAGGGUUGAAAGAUUUGAAAGAUUUGAAAGAUUUGGAACAACUGAAGGACUUUGAUAACGAUCCAGGAUGGUCAGACUGGUGGACUUGGGGAUCUGAACUGAAGUGAUAAGGAUCUUGGCAAACAUAAAAAUAUUAUAACGAUCUUCGCAUACAUAAAAAAAUAUAAGGAUCUUCGCAUAAUAAAUAAGAAAUCAAAAUUAAUUAUUAUGUUAUCGGCUUACUCACGUAAUGUUUUGACGAGGAACUCGACUAGUUUCAAGCCAUGCUAGAGGCUCAUAUUCAUGAGCAGCAUUACGCGACACACGACGCGGCGAGAGUAAGCCGAUAACAUAAUAAUUAAUUUAGUAUGUCUCACGAAAGUUACA